AUGCCAAUACAAAUCUGCCAAACGGAAACCAUCUUGCAACUCAAGCCGUUCGAGAAGUGGAAGAACAAAGUAUACGAGAUCACUUUCACAUCAGUGCAGCCGGGACGCGGGUCUCCUUCGAUGCUCGUAAGCUUACAGCACUACCCAGGCGGCCCUACUUUGGAUGUAGAAUGCACGCAGUUCAAUCCAACGAAUCCAAACCAAAUUCGCGACCACCGGAAAACCCCGGAAGGCUGGUUCUGGAGGCAAACAACUGCCUAUUGCCUCACACGGCCCGAGCUCGACAUUUCAGAGUAUAUUCAACGAUGCAUUCCAGCCUCAUUGAUAGAAGCUUGCAGCCGACCUGGCCAUGCUUCGUUCUUUUUCAGAUUGGCAUCCUCGUACCGCAAAGAACCCAUUAUAACGCAUUGCCUGGAGCUGUACACCACGCUGCGUCUGGUGAGAAAUGGGUGGAGAUUCGCCGGACUCGAAAACCUGGGGAUGACUCCUGUCACCGACGCAACAUCUCCAUGGUAUGGUAUUACGCUAAUACCCCGCAUGGUACAGAAUCAAUUGAAUCAUAAGUUGGAGUUAAGAAUCAUCGAACUAGACGAAAAGAUUCUCAGGCAGUGCAAUAGGAUGCUACGAAAGAGGGCCAGACGUCAGUGGAUGGUUUUGGUCCUUGUGUUCUUCCUCCUGCUCCAUGUCCGAGAAAUAGAUACUGCGAGGAACAUCUUCUGGAGACGAUACAGUGAUCCUGCCGGUUUCUGGAUACAUCCUUGGAAACCAGCAACUAUCAUUGACGGAGCGAUUGCCUCGUGCAAUAGCCUGCUGUCACAUUUUCACUACGCAGUUGGAUACAAAUCGCUCCAGAUGGAUUGGGAACGACAGAAGUCCAAAGACCUGGUCGAAAAUGAUCCUACGUUUAUCACAACCAUCAAAGAGCUCCAGGCAUACAUUAUAAUCUUGAAGGAACGUGGCAACAUCGGUCGCAUGGCUCAUACCUUGUACAAAGAUGGAGACCCGGAUAGUGUUGACUUCACAAUAAGCUCGUUGUUAUUUGGAAGCAUGAAAGAGUCCGUUGAGGUGAAGGGCUUCUAUUGA